AUGCGCUUCUCUACCAUUUUCCGCAAACCCCCAAUCCGAAUCUGCCAUUUCCGGAGCUCCGUCAAGCUACUUCACUCUCUUCCCCGACCAAGACCCAGAAAUCCCACAAACCGAUUCUUCCAGAAACCAAAACUCGUGAAAUCACAGACCCCAGACCCCACGAUUUACACCAGAGACAUCGUCUCCAAUAUCUACAACAUCCUCAAGCACUCCACCUGGGAAUCUGCUCGGGAACAGCUUCCACAUCUCGGUGUAAAAUGGGACUCUCACAUAAUCAACCGCGUCUUGAAAUCCCACCCUCCGAUGCAGAAAGCUUGGCUCUUCUUCAACUGGGCCUCCGAAAUCAAGGGAUUCAAGCACGACCAUUUCACUUACACCACCAUGCUCGACAUCUUCGGAGAAGCGGGUCGGAUCCAAUCCAUGUACUCCGUCUUCCACCUCAUGAAGAACAAAGGUGUGGCGAUCGAUACGGUGACGUACACGACGAUGAUUCACUGGGUUUCGAAUUCCGGCGACGUUGAUGAAGCGAUGAGGUUAUGGAAGGAGAUGAGAGAUAACGGUUGCGAACCUACUGUCGUCUCGUACACUGCUUACAUGAAGAUACUUUUCUCCGACGGGAAGGUGGAUGAAGCGACGGAGGUGUAUAAGGAGAUGCUACGGUCGCGAAUCUCCCCGAAUUGUCAUACUUAUACGGUGUUGAUGGAGUAUCUCGUCGUCACAGGAAAAUGUGAGGAAGCUUUAGAUAUUUUCUUCAAGAUGCAAGAAAUCGGAGUGAAGCCAGAUAAAGCAGCAUGCAACAUUCUGAUUGGGAAAGCGUGUGAAUUCGGAGAAACAUCUUUCGUUUCUCGGAUUCUUCUACACAUGAGAGAAACCGGGAUGGUGCUUCGUUACCCUGUCUUUCUCGAGGCUUCAAAGACUCUGAGAGCCGCUGGGGAAAGUGAUGAUCUGUUGAGGGAAGUCAAUUCGCAUAUCUCCGCUGAAUCUUUGUGCUCCGAAGCCAUGGAUGAGACGAAAAGUUCGGACGAUAGUAGAUUUAUCAGUUUCGUGCUCUUGUUGAAGCAGAAUCUUGUUGCAGUUGAUCAUCUACUUAACCAGAUGAAAGAAAGAAACGUAAAGUUGGAUCCUUUUGUUGUUUCAGUGAUCGUAGAAACAAACUGUGACCGUUGUAGAACCGAGGGGGCUUCGUUGGCUCUUGAUUACAGCUCGGGAAUGGGGAUUCAUCUGGAGAAGACAGCGUAUCUUUCGUUGAUUGGUAACUUUCUGCGAGCAAACGAGCUGCGUAAAGUGAUUGAAUCGGUGAAGGAGAUGCUUAAAGCUCAACACAAGCUUGGUGUGUACCAAGGAGCAACGUUGAUCCACAAGCUCGGGUUUGGAAGAAGAAGACCUCGCUUAGCUGCGGAGGUUUUAGAGUUGCUUCCCGAUGAUCAGAAGGGAGUAGCUGCUUACACGGCGUUGUUGGAUGUUUAUAUCUCAGCAGGGAGUCCAGAGAAAGCGAUGAAGAUAUUGGAAGAGAUGAGAAGGCGAGAGGUUAUGCCUUCGUUGGGGACAUACAAUGUUGUAUUGUCUGGUCUUGAGAAAACAAAAACCAGUGAGUUCCAGAGAGAAGCAGCGUCGUUGAAGAAGGAGAAGAAGAGUCUUGUUGCUAAUGGACGUUUCAGGGAAAACGUUGAUGUUCAAGAGAGAAUCUGUGAUCUUCUGUUUGCUAGAAAUCUGUAA